CAAACGCUGAUCCCAAUGUGGAGGUUGUCUCAAAAUGAACUGAACUACCGGUGUUUGGCGUCCUGAUGUGCCAUAUCCAGUUGAGGCUCGGAUGCGAGUGCGCCACACGCAGUUGCUGCUGAGGGGUGGAGCGCGGACCCCCCUGGAGCCUUUGGCGCCAGAGAGCUUCUGGCGCUCGACCCUGCCAAAUGAAACCCUUCUACGACGGCUGAGUAUUGUCUCCACCGAAGGGGCUCGGCGUCGAGUUAGUGUGGAGUCGCCGUGGAAGCAAUUGACCACGCGUGGCAUGGAUGAGUCCUACGCCUUGGGCCGUCGGAUCGAGACGUGGAUGUCUGAGCAAAGCCUCGGAGACGAAGAAGAGGAAGUGCCAGCACUGGUCAUAGCAUCCCCAGACCAGCGCUCCACUUGGACAGCACGGGCAGUCCUCCGUGGACUUUGUGCAUCGCAUGGGCAAAGUGACCCCAUGGCAGUGCGCUUGCGCACCACGAGGGCCGCUUUGCGGGUGCCAGUUCAGGACGAGGACGAAGAUGCCAAGCAGGAUGUUGCCAUGGAUUUGACGGAGCUACUUGCGCUCCGACCGGAUGCAUUGGAAGAUGCCAGCUGGCCGCGGUUGCUGGAUGUGGCAGAGACAGCCAGCAUCUUUGGUUUGCUGCCAAAAGGUCAGUUGGAUCAGGCUUGGAAGGCUGUUUUGGCUCCGGCCCACCGAGCGGCUCGAGCCUUGUGCGAUUCCAAAGCUGCCAAGCGCGCAGGACCGCUGCUGAGACUUACUUUGGAGCCAGCAAUGCUGUUGCAAUCAGGAUCCCUUGGCAGUGAAAGGCUGCGACUGGUUGUUCUGCCAGGAUUUUCUCUUCUCUGCUGGGCUUGCGCGCUGCAGUUGCCUCGUUUAGUGCGGUUGUGGCCGGCGCCAAGCAGCAGCCUUUUGGUCGAGACUCUGGAUGACCAGGAUGGUCAGAUCUUUCUGCGGAUUUGGCAUCCUCGAACUCAUCUUGAACUCCGACCCUCUUGGCACCAGGAGGAUGGUCCAAUUCCUUUGGAGCGUUUACAACAGGAGAAGCUGACGCGAAACCCAUCGACUCGAGCGCCGCGUCGGACGCGAGCAGACGCGACCCGUCCGAAGGUGACCCGUGGAGUGAAGCGCGGUCAGGAGCUGGGACUGCAGGAGCCCCUCCGCGGCAAGACCGGAGCCUCCGGAGCCUCCGGGGUCACUGUGACUUGAGGACUUCCAGGUCCAUGUCCAAAAAGAAUGUCCACGUUAGCAAGAACCAUCAAGAAACAAUUAAUUAAGUAGUUAAGUCCAAGACGCAAGGGUCUUGAACAUCUUUUCAUGGAAUAGUAUCGUCCGCACAUCCAUGUCCAAAGAUGACCGACGGGAUCUGCGAAGGAAAAAAGGCACGCGCGCAGAAUUCAGCGAUUAUCUCGAACAUUCUCUUGGCGGCUAAGGUUGGUCCUUCUUGGAAAUAUGGAAGUGCCACACCUCGUGAGCUGGACACCUUCAGGCCAUUGCUGGAAAGAGCUGGUCAACAUGCCCUUUUAGCUGCAUCGCCGAAAUCGGCGCGAUAAAAU